AUCGCCAUUUCGGAUCCGGGCCCGCUCAGCGCGCGGGUUCCCGAACCCGGCCGGCCGGCCGCGCUCCUCGCCACCGCCGCCGCCGGCCAUGAAGCGCGCGCGCAGCUCCGAGGUAUUCAUCGGCGUAGGCCGGCUGCGCGCACGCAGGGGCCUGGCGCCGCUUCUCGCAGCGGCGGCUUUCGCCUACCUACUGUUCGUGUCCGUCAAGCUCACUUACCUCGGCAGCGCUGGGCCCGCGCCUGCCGUCGGCCGCCUGGCCACCACCGGCGCGGGCGAGCCAGCUGCGCGCGCGCGCUCGAGCGGCGGCGGGGCCGUGUCCGGGUACGGCCGCAUCACCGGCGAGAUCCUCCGGCGGCACGAAGCCUUCGAGGAGCGGCGGAAGCGGUGGGGGCAGCUGGGGAACUUCACGGAGCUCGAGCGCGUGGCGGCCGAAGCGUGGGCGCUCGGGGCCGCCGCGUGGGAGGAGGCCUCUGCGUUCGACGGCGACGUCGACUACAUCGCCUCCCGCGACGUCGCCGGGGAGGGCACGGCCAAGUGCCCAGGCUCGCUCGCGCUCGGCGCCGGGGAGACCACGGCGUUCCUGCCGUGCGGGCUGGCCGCCGGGUCGGCAGUUACCGUGGUUGGGACAGCGCGGACGGCGCGGCCGGAGUACGUCGAGGCGCUGGAGCGGAGCGGCACGGGCAACGGGACGGUGCUGGUGGCGCAGUUCGCGGUGGAGCUGCGCGGCCUGCGCGCUACCGACGGCGAGGAGCCGCCUAGGAUACUGCACCUCAACCCGCGCCUGCGCGGCGACUGGAGCAGCCGCCCCGUGCUAGAGAUGAACACCUGCUUCCGAAUGCAGUGGGGCAGGGCACAGCGCUGCGACAGUACCCCUUCCGGAGACGAUGACCUGGUCGAUGGACUAAGAAAAUGUGAGAAAUGGGACUGGCAGGACGUAGUUGAAUCGAAAGAAACAAAGACAAGCUCAUGGUUCAACAGAUUCAUCGGGCGAGCAAAGAAACCAGAAAUGAGAUGGCCAUUCCCAUUUUCAGAGGGGAAGAUGUUUGUUCUCACUAUCCAAGCUGGAGUCGAAGGAUACCAUAUCAAUGUGGGAGGCCGCCACGUUGCCUCAUUUCCUCAUAGGAUGGGAUUCGCCCUCGAAGACGCAACAGGUUUAGCCGUGACAGGGGGCAUAGAUGUUCACUCUGUGUACGCAACAGCGCUUCCAAAGGCACAUCCUAGCUUUUCUCUCCAGCAAGUCUUGGAAAUGUCUGAAAGGUGGAAGGCUCGCCCUGUGCCAGAGGAACCAAUCCAUCUUUUCAUCGGCAUCCUCUCCGCCACAAACCAUUUCGCCGAGCGCAUGGCUAUUAGGAAAACUUGGAUGCAGUUUCCGGCUAUCCAAUCGGGGAAUGCGGUUGCUCGGUUCUUUGUUGCGCUGAGCCACAGAAAGGAGAUAAAUGCAGCACUGAAGAAGGAAGCAGAGUAUUUUGGAGACAUAGUCAUUCUGCCGUUCAUCGACCGGUAUGAGCUAGUGGUUCUGAAAACGGUUGCGAUAUGUCAAUACGGGGUGCACAAUGUCACUGCAGAUUACAUCAUGAAGUGCGACGAUGACACCUUUGUGCGGCUGGAUAUAGUACUGCACCAAAUCAGUACCUACAACAAAACCUCACCUCUGUAUCUGGGCAACCUGAAUCUCUUGCACAGGCCUCUAAGAAGGGGCAAAUGGGCCGUCACCUACGAGGAAUGGCCAGAAGCGGUGUAUCCCCCGUACGCCAAUGGACCUGGGUACGUUAUCUCGGCCGGCAUUGCGAGAGACGUAGCAUCCCGGCAUACAAACCACUCCCUACGGCUGUUCAAGAUGGAGGACGUGAGCAUGGGCAUGUGGGUGGAGGACUACAACGCCAGCGCCCCCGUGCAGUAUGUCCACAGCUGGAGGUUCUGCCAGUUCGGCUGCGUGGACAACUACUUCACGGCGCACUACCAGUCCCCCAGGCAGAUGCUGUGCCUCUGGGAGAAGCUGUCAGCGGGGAGAGCGCACUGCUGUAACUACAGAUAACACGAGGCCCCCAGCCCCCAGGGGGGAAAUGGUGACCUAGCCGCCUAGGUGCAUCAAGGCUCAUGACCUUCGUUCCAUUCGCCUGGCUUCGGUGGUUCGGUUCCAUACGACCAUCUGCUCAGAUGACUAAUGCCAGAAACCAUGAUCUCGACACCGCAUGUUCUUUGGUUCUUAGAUUGAAGGUAUACGGGAUAAGGGUGUUACCAACUGCUGCUUCAUCUUCAAUUCUUCACUGAGGUGAAUGCUGGCAUGAGGAUAGAAGGGGAGGGGGCGUGAAUUCACAUUGGCUGUUUGUACAGGCCGCCGGCCUAUUUGUAGAACUGCAAAUCCGUACCCACUGGAACGGGAAAUUGUCUCCCCUGUGUGGCUGUGUAUGCAGAUCUGUGUGUACUAUUCGUGCGAAUCGGUGGUGUAUGUGUAUUUGACAUCCAACAAAGUUAACUUAGACG